CUUAUCGCCUUUUUUUAUUUUAGGUAGAUACAUAACUUCAUAUCUGUCUGCCUACCUGCAACUCCCAUGGAGAUACCCUCAUCUUCGUAGUUUGAACACUUUUACUAAGUCAAAAGGGUAAACAACUCAAAAGCAAAAACUACACUACAUGUACCGCCAGAGGACGGAAGCUUUGUCUUCCACCUUUUGCGUACUACUACUCAGUAGGUAGUAAAGUACAUAAGCAGGUGUCUAGGUAAGUAGGUGCGGUGCUAGGUAGGCUACUCGCCGCGCGCACCCAAGGCGAACAAACGAUCAUGUUCCGCAACAGCGCAGCCAGACUCUGUGCCCGCCAAGCAGCCCCGCGGCAAGCCCUCGAGUCUCAAGAUGUGGCACGCAGCACAGCGCACGCGACUCGAAACCCCCUCCGUUUCUCCAGCCGCCGCCUCCUCCACCAGCACCAAUGGCCAGCAGCCCGCCAAGCACGCUCCAUCCAAACGCAAGGCGCCUUCGAGCCCCUCCGCCCGCCCACCCCCUCCUCCCUCGGCAAGCCCGCGCCCCCGCGCGAGUACCGACGGACGCGCAAGUGGGGGCGGCGGCUGCUGAUCCUCUCGGCGGUCGCGGGGGCCGGGUACGCGGCGGACCAGCAGGUGUUCGCGUCGGGGGUGCUGCGGUCGCUGCGGACGUUCGCGACGGGCCUGUUCGUGGCGCUCGACUACAAGGUGAACUUCCGGCCGGUGCCGCUGGUGGGCGGGUCGAUCGAGGACCUGCACAUGCGCUCGGCGGAACGGCUGUUCGACCUGCUGCGCGCCAACGGCGGGCUUUACCUCAAGAUCGGCCAGGCCAUCGCCAUGCAGAGCGCCGUGCUGCCGCCGCAGUUCCAGAAGAUGUUCGCGCGCAUGUUCGACGAUGCGCCCCAGGAUGAGUGGAGGGAUGUGGAGAAGGUUGUUCGCAAGGAUUUUGGUGGUAAGAGCGUUGAGGAGGUCUUCGGGGUUAGUUUUACGGGCGAGGAGGGGAAAGGGUUGAUGGAACGAAGGGCCAGGGCGAGUGCGAGUGUCGCUCAGGUGCAUUGGGCGAGGCUGGCGGAUGGGAGGGAGGUCGCGAUCAAGCUGCAGAAGCCCGAGAUCGCCAAGCAGGUAGGUUGGGAUCUAUGGGCCUUCAAGGUGGUGACGCGGAUCUAUACGUGGUGGUUCGAUCUACCACUGUACAGCUUGGUUCCGUUCAUCACGGAACGGCUUCUACUCGAGACGGACUUUGAGUCCGAGGCGAGGAAUUCGGAGGUCAUGCGCCAACUUGUCAACUCGGAGCCCAGCCUUAAGGGUAGAGUGUACGUCCCUAAGAUCUACCCGGAGUUCACAACCAGGAGAGUUCUGGUUACCGAAUGGAUCGAAGGCGUCCGGCUUUGGGAUAAAUCUGCAACAGGUGGUCGUUGGUUGGGAGGUUCGGGUGUUGGUUCCCCCGGUGUCCAUGGUGCCCAGCUCCAGUUCGGUCGCGAGGACUGGGAGGCUGCGCGGCGAGAGUUGCGGGAGAACCCCCUGAGAGAAAAACUGAAGCCAGAUCGAGAUACCUGGAAAGGUCGGAACGGCAAGGGUGGCCUCGGGUUGUCGGGCAAGGAGGUCAUGACUACGAUGGUAGAUCUAUUUUCAGCUCAAAUCUUCAAAUGGGGAGUCGUACACUGCGAUCCACAUCCCGGAAACAUCUUCAUCAGACGUCAACCUUCAGGGAAGGCCGAACUGGUACUAAUUGAUCACGGCUUAUACGUUUACAUGUCUCAAAAGUUCCGACACCAAUACGCUCUAUUCUGGAAAUCGUUAUUGACGUUCGACAACGACACGAUAGCCGAUAUCACGAGAGAAUGGGGUAUCAGAGCACCCGAUUUGUUUGCGAGCGCAACACUCCUACGCCCCUACGAGGGAGGCGAUGGAACUACGAAGGGCCAUAUCAUGAAGGAGCUUAAUGGCAAGACGCCAGCGGAAAGGCAUUUCGAGGCUCAGCAGCGGAUGAAGCAGGGCAUCCGUGAGAUUCUGUCAGACGAGGACAAGUGGCCGCAAGAACUCAUCUUCAUCGGCCGCAAUAUGCGCAUCGUGCAGGGGAACAACCAAUUCAUGGGAUCGCCCGUCAACCGAGUCAAGAUGAUGGGCAACUGGGCGAGUCUAAGUCUAUUCCAGGACCCGAACCUACCGUGGCGAGAGCGCAUGGCGAACAUGUGGCGACACUUCCUGUUUAAGACGGUUCUGCUCGCCACGGACGUGGCAUUCUACACCUUCAAGAUCCGGCAGCUGCUCGGGUGGGGAGGGGGCAUGGAAGACGAGGUGGAAGCCAGGAUGAAGGAUAUGGCCAAGGAUUUCGGCGUUGAGCUGCAGCACGAGGUUUUCGAGGGCUGAAGAAAUCUGAAAUCUCUUGGAUAUCUACAUAGAAAGGCUCACAUUUGGACUGGACUGGAUUGGCUUGGAAUGGACUGGAAUGGACUGUAUAAAACAACACAUGGUAGUCAUCAUAAAAAUAUGCAUAGAUGGGUAGGGUAGAUGGCAAGCAAGGCAUAUAGAAACUUCAAAAGUCAACCUGUACUAAUAGAUGUAGAUAUGGACCCCCUCCAACAAAUACCAAUACACAUGCAACUUUACUUUCCUGCUCGACUUCCAGUGCCUUUUCUUUCUUUCUUUUUUUUUCUUUUU